GCGUACGUGACGUAUGUGAAAACACGUGAAGCUCGUUCUCUGUUCGUCUGCUGGACGGUAAUGGCGGCGUGCCGGGGAUCAUCGUCCAAAUGGUUUUUUACCCGGGAACAGCUCGAAAACACCCCGUCUCGCCGCUGCGGAGUGGAGCCAGACAGAGAGCUGUCGUAUCGACAGCAAGCCGCGAAUCUUAUUCAGGACAUGGGCCAGAGACUAAAUGUUUCUCAACUCACAAUAAAUACUGCCAUUGUUUACUUGCACAGAUUUUAUAUGUACCACUCUUUCACCAAAUUCCACAGAAAUACCAUCUCCCCAACGACAUUAUUUCUGGCUGCAAAAGUUGAAGAGCAACCACGGAAACUCGAACAUGUCAUUAAAGUAGCGCAUGCGUGUUUAAACCCCCAGGAGCCUCCACUGGAUACAAAGAGUAAUGCAUACCUCCAGCAAGCUCAAGAGCUGGUGAUACUUGAAACCAUAGUGCUGCAGACUUUAGGCUUUGAAAUAACAAUUGAACAUCCACACACUGAUGUAGUGAAAUGUUCCCAGCUAGUGCGAGCAAGCAAGGAUCUGGCACAGACUUCCUAUUUCAUGGCUACCAACAGUCUGCACCUCACCACCUUCUGCUUGCAGUACAAGCCCACAGUCAUUGCCUGCGUCUGCAUUCACCUGGCCUGCAAGUGGUCCAACUGGGAGAUCCCUGUUUCCACCGAUGGAAAGCACUGGUGGGAGUAUGUGGACAGCUCAGUUACACUUGAACUUCUUGAUGAACUGACCCAUGAGUUUCUGCAAAUAUUAGAGAAGACACCCAGCAGGUUGAAGAGGAUUCGUAACUGGAGGGCUACACAAGCUGCUAAGAAGCCCAAAUCAGAUGGUCAGGCCUCAGACAGUAGCUCUUUAGUGGGACCUUCAUUAACCCAGGACAUGUCCUUGAUGGAUGCCCUUCCCGGGGUUUCUACAAAUACAGCAUUCUCCAAAGCCUCAACAUCUUUCCCAGUGACCCUGCCAAGCAACUCAAGCAGCAGUCUUUCUCUUGAUUCCAUUGCCAACAUGCAGGGAACCUCAUACACUUACACCGCCCCCAGUGACUGGCCUCAGGACCAGGUGCGCUCAGACCAGUAUUCUGUCAAACAGCUUCCCCCACACAGUUCUAUGCAUCCACACCGGCCUGACAAAAGCGCAGAGUAUAACCCUGCCAAACACGAACACAAGGCCAGCGGUGGGGCGAAGCACCAGGCCACGGCCUAUCCUCCACCUGCAGCACCCACACAGAAAAUGUCUCUGGACAAGUACAGGGAGAAACACGCUGCUGAGCUGGCUGUGCAGAAACGCAGGCAAGAGCAGCAGAACGUGGAGACGGAGGUCUGUGGUGCUCAGACAGAUCACCACAAGCACCUGCCCCAACUGUCUCACGUGCUGCAGGGAGCAGGAGCCACCACUGCCUCACCCCUGAAGAUGAAGCUGCCUGUCCCUGGGCAGGACAAACGCGAGAAAGGGAGCUCUUUAAAACUGCGUCUUCCGGUCCCCCCCCAGAGCGAGAAGGGGGGAUCAAGUAAGGAGGAGCUAAAAAUGAAAAUAAAGGUCUCCUCUGAGCGGCACAGCUCCUCAGACGAGGGUGCUGCAAAGAGCAAACAUUCCAGCCCGCUUGUGAGCAAGGAGAAACACAGAGACCACUCAGCCCAUCGUCACCAUCACAAACACGGCCACUCACACACGCACACGCAUAGCGGCAAUGGCAGGAGCAGCCUUGAGGCACCCGCAUCUGCUUCGGCCCUUCGGAGCCCAGUAGGUUCCGGUGGCGAUGGCACAAGCUCAGCUUCCAGUUCCUCACGCAAGAGGGUGAACCCUGAAGCCAGCCACAAUCACCACUCCAAAAAGAACAAAAGCUCCAAAGGCGGUGCAGGUAGUUCCUCUCAUUGUUCCUCUGUUCAGCAGUGUGUGUCAUCUCACAGCUCUGUUCUUAACCUUCUUCCCCCUCCCCCUGUCACAUACCAGGUGGGCUACGGACAUCUCAGCACCCUAGUGAAACUGGACAGGAAACCAGUGGAGAGCCAUGGCCCUGAGGGUGCCGGCCUAGCUAAUGGCCAACACACAGACUACAAAGACACUUUUGACACGCUUGAGUCGCUGUUAAGUGCCCAAGGAAUGGACUCUUGAACUGAUAGGAAAGAGGAUAAAAUAUAAAAGAAAAUCAAGCAUAGAUUUCAUUAUUAGGAAGAGGAAAAAAACAGGAAUGUGAAGAGUAAGAGAAAGAAAAUAAAAAUGCUUCCCGAUCUUCUGGCAGUUCGGUUCAGUCUCUGUAUAACUGCUGCUUCCCUCAGUAUUCCCUCACGAGCAGUCUAUAUGAAUGCGUGAGCCAGUAUAUGAAUGUCAGGGCCAUUAUAGUAAAAAAAAAAAAACUUUUCAUGAUAAAAGCGUAAUGAGUGAAAAGCACCCUCUAAAAUGACUGACGCUCCUCUCAUUUGUUAAACAAAGUUAGUAGAAGGAAUGCAGAAUCAAGAUUUAAGUUCCAUAGUUCCUUGAAUGUUUCUUUGUUUCCUUUUCCCUCAUCUGAUACCAUUUAUGUGAGCUGCAUGUUAAUAAUGAAAGGGAUGAGAUAGUUGUUUACUGAUUGUGAACAAAUAUUUACAUACAUUCUCGUAUGUUUUAAGCUGUACCAUAACUUCUCAGGUUUGGAGCUGCUUGUAAAAUAUAUAUAUAUAUAUAUAUAUAGGGGUGGUGGGGAUUUUGUGACUCUGUGUUAGAAUGUAUCAUAUUGGCAAUUCUAGCACAGCCUUCUAGUGAUGUGCUCUAGAACUGGUGUUCCAUGUUGCUAUCAGGAGAGGGUGAACUAGCAGGCAAUCCACACCCUGCCAAUUACCUGGCAUGUUGUCAGGGCCAUGCAAUUUGUACCUUUUUUGACAUUCAAGAUGACCUUAAGCUGGAUGCCAAAGGCUGUGCCUCAAUAAGUAUAGUUCUAUGAAGUUUACAUAACCUUCGCUGUGAAGUGCAUUUUAUAUAUUUCUUGGUUUGAAGCAAUAGCCUAUUUUGUGCAACUCUUUAACAAAUUACCAGAAACAUACGUGGGUAAAAGGAGAUUGAGUUCAUUAUCACAGUGCUGACCCAAAGAGAUCUGGGAUUUCAUAGGCCCGUAACAUUAUUUCUGAAUAUGGAUGAAUGGUUUUGAUUUUUUGAUUUUGAUUAUUUUUAGUGUGAAGAUAUUGGUAAAUGAGGCCAGCAUUGUACAAAUCAUCAUUUUACUUUGGAUCGCUGAAUUGCAGUUGGAUAAGGCAAAUGCAAACCCUGGCACUUUUUUUUUUGUCUUUUCCCAAUUUUAUUUAGAUUUAAUAAUAAAUUCCAUGGUUUCCACUACCUUAA